GGCUCUGCGAUGCAACCCCACGGUAAGGCUCGCUGUGGAACUCUGAAGUUCCUCUACUCUUAAUUUUAUAAACAUAACGAAUGGUCUCCUGGACGGUACACAGAACGUAUUUUUCGUAAUACUGGGGCUUGCCAAUCCCGGUUCUUUUUCUCCCUGACGCCAGAGCAGACAUUCCCCCCCCCCAAAAAAGCAGAAAUUGAGCAUAGAGUUUGUGAUAUUGCGCAGAGCGCCACUAUUUCCGGGAUUUCCACUUCCGGUUGGUGCUUACCCUACGAACGACGGAGGCUAGGAAGACACCGCUGGAGAGGGGAGAUUCCAGUUUCCUGGAAUGGCUUCCUUUGGAUGGAAGAGAAAGAUUGGUGAGAAGGUAUCUAAGGUAACAUCCCAGCAAUUCGAAGCUCAAGCUGCUGAUGAGCAGGUCCUGGUUGAUAAUAGUGAAGUUGAUUGUCUUCAUGAGGCCAAAAGGAAAAAACGGCUUCUUCUGGAAGACCGUGCAGCCCAAAGUAAACAUCUGAAGGAUGAAGGUGCAAUUUUAGCUGAAAAUGGAAGGUACCAGGAAGCUCUUCACAAAUGGGACGAAGCACUUCAGUUAACCCCUGAAAAUGCCACUCUGUAUGAGAUGAAAUCACAGGUUCUGAUGUCUCUGCAUGAAAUGUUUCCUGCAGUCCAGGCAGCAGAAAUGGCUGUGCAGAGAGAUUCCCAUUCUUGGGAAGCAUGGCAAACGCUGGGGCGGGCCCAGCUUGGAUUAGGAGAAAUCACAUUGGCGAUUCGAAGUUUCCAGAUUGCCUUGCACAUCUAUCCACUCAACUCUGAAUUGUGGAACGAAGAUCUUUCCUGGGCCAAAAAAUUGCAACAACAGAAAAAAGCAACCAAAACAGAGACAGGAACACAGGGGUCUGAGACGAAAACUUUGGAGGAGCCGAUCCCAGAUUACGAUUUUGAAAGCGAUGAGAUCUUGGCUGUGUGUGCUGCCAUUGCAGAAAAGGAAAAAAGCACUUCGACUAAAAGUGUAGUGAUUGUAUCAGCUUCGGGGACCGUUGAGACUGUAACCGAACAAGAGGAGCGUGCAACGGUCCCCGAUGGUGCUGUGUUUAUCAAAGCACGAUAAUCCACAUAGUCCUUUCCUGUAACAGCCAUAAAUUUGAGGAGUGGCUGUUGCGAUUGUUGUUUUACUUGCUUUCCCUUCUGUUGGAGCCUUGCCUUGAGUCACUGAGCAGUGGAGAUCCCCAUUCCAUCAAAUUAAACUUUCGGAGGCACAGGGGCAAUGCGUCCUAUAGGUGUCCAGAGGAGGCAGAAUUUGGAAAACCGAACAUCGGUAAUGUCAUUGCUGUUGCCUAUUCCCAGAUUGAAUGCUACUUUGAACAACACCUUUGCAAAUGUGGUACCUUCCUAACAUGUCCCACAAUCCACAGAUAGCGUGGUUCAUGGGGAUGUUAGCUGAGGUUCAUGGAAGAUGAUGUGCAAUCCUCCCAAAAGGCAUCACCACUGUAGAAACCUGGUGAGGGGUGUGGUGGCCUUGAGGUAGAACUCUUGCUCACAAUCAAGAGACUGUGAGUUUGAUCCUAGAUAGAGACAGAUAUUUCUCUUUCUGGGCACACUGGGAAUAUAUCUGCUG